AUGACAUGUAUUCGACAAGCCACAUAUAAUUCCUUGACCAUUCAACACGUAAAAAGUGAACAAAUCGAAAUAAAGAAUAUACAUCCGAUUCAAAAUAAAAAUAACUUAACGAUGAAAACCAUUGAAUCUGGCACAAACGAUCAAAUUGGGUUACUUAGUGAUUUGAUUGAUCGUACUACAGAUUUAAAUGAAUUAAUUAAGUAUCAUAAAAAUCGAUGUUUGAUUCAUUAUGAAGAAAAUAGAUACAAAGAUGCUUUACAUGACAUCGAUGUAUUACAUAGAUAUGAACAUAAAGAUGAAUCAUUGAUCAUGAUAAAAGGGGUGUGCAAUAUUCAUUUUCACGUUGGAGAAGUUCGUAAUUCGCUUUUAAAAGCUCUCAACGUAGAAAUUGUGGAAAACAUUGAUGCAGCUAUUAACAUGCUGAACUGCAUCACUGAAACAAACGUGAACAAGUUCAUCAAACGUAAUUCUAGUCGCCGCUUGGUCAAAAAAGUCAAACGUCUAAAUUAG